UCAAUUCGAACGAACCCCGGAAAGAGAGAGAGAGAGAGAGAGAGAGAGAGAGAGAGAUUGAAGCGAUGGCGGUGCCGGCGACGGUGGUGGUGGUGAUCAUGGCGGCGUUGAUGGUGGCUGUGGAGGCCGGAGAUCAGAACUCGGUGUUCCAGCCUUGUUCGGACGCCAAGAUCCAGCGGUGGGAUGGCUUCACCGUCGGCGUAGCAAUCGCGCCGCCGGAAUCAUUCAUCUUCAAUGGAACCCAGCUCUCCCCUUGCGAUAGCCGUCUUCGACUCUCCUCCAACAAUGGCGCUUACCUUGCCGUCUUCCGCCCUAAGGUCGACGAGAUCUCCCUCCUCACCGUCAACACAUCCUCCUUGUCCUCUGCAACCGCCACUGGAUUCAUGGUGGCAUUUGCUGGCAGGAAAUAUGCAGCGAGGUCCCUUCCUAUUUUCGUUGGAAACAGUUCAUUCACAGUCACCAGUUUCACACUGGUACUGGAGUUCAAUAAGGGAACACUCCAAAACUUAUACUGGAAGACAGAUGGUUGUUCAUCAUGUUCAGGUACGUCCUCUUUUGUUUGCCUUAACAAACAAUAUUGUGCCGUCAAAACAACCAGCUGCAAGGGGCACAACGGCCAGGUUGAUUGCAGCAUCGGCGUCCAACUGGCUUUCUCAGGCACCGACAAGCACGAUUCUGUGCUCAAUUCAUGGUAUGAGAUAUCAAACCUCCGCCAAUACUCCCUGUUUGGCCUGUAUUCUAACCUUAAAAAUUCUCUAACCAGCCAGUUCAAUAACAUAAUCUAGCUUCCUGUUAGUGAUUCUUGAUCUCUUGAUCAACAUUGUUGUUGUACAAUUCUAUCUUUAUGAUCUGUUUUCCAUACUCUCUGUUCAUUUUUCUUUGUACAUUAUUAUUGACAUUUGUUUCAUUCCUUCACUCUAUUGAUCAUAUCGGAU